AUGACGCAAGCCGUUCAUUCCAGUUUGUCCAGCCCACGAACUGUGUCUACUACUACUACCUUCCCAAUCACGCCUCCAGUGCAACCCGACCUCUCCCGCCCGAGGUUAAAACAAAUAGCCAGAUGGAUUCGCGACGAGCUGGACCUGCGCAUCGCCUGUGAUGGCCCCGAUGUUCUACAACCCGAUGAUGUGUUGACUCUCCACGAAACACUCGUCGCCCUCCGACACGCCCCAAACAUGACGGUUUCGGUCUUACGAGCUACUGGUAUACACAAAGCUGUCCAGGACAUUGCGGGUGUGGCGACGCGGUGGCCCGGCAGAUUUGAGAUACAUCCGUUUCUGUAUGGGAGGGGUGGAAGGCUCGAGGGCAUUGCGAGUGUAUCUGAGUACUCUCGGGAAGCUUUGCUCAAGCGAUGGGCUGAAACAUGUCCUGAGAAGAUCCAUCCUAAACAUUCACACAAGCUGGGUGAUCUGGGCUUUGUUGCUGGACAGUGGUGGAUCAACCCAUUGUUCGCACACCAUGCUGGCAUCAUCGGGCUUGAAGCAUGUGAUGGUGGUACAACGUACGACAAGCACGGUGCCUACGCUCUAUUACUUAAAGACACAGGCGAGAUUGAAGCUGCAUCCGAAGAGUGUUUUACCUAUCGCGUUCCACAAAACGAUAAAGGCAAGUUUCGUCUUACUUCUGCGACUCCCAAAAGCCGUGAUCCUGUAAGGGUACUUCGCAGCCACAGUAUCAAUAGUGUAUGGAGCCCAAGGGCUGGCGUAAGAUACGAAGGUCUGUACAGCAUUAAAGGCUGGUCCAUAAAACAAGCGCCGAGUAGCGAUGUCGCCGGCGGUCAAUGGAAGGAAGGCGACAUUCUAUUCGACGUCAGGUUCGCGCGUACAGACUCUGUGCCCAUGGAAGUAGUCACCAAGCGACCCACUGCGACCGAAGUUGACGACUUCGCCGAAUACAAGCGCCUUCGCAAGGUGAAUCGAGACGGGAAACACAAAGAACCAAGCGCACCACCUAUCAAACCUGAUUUCUCAACACGCCUCAAAACAGCUCCCCCAGUCAUACCUGCUCCCUCAUUCCUCAAACCUCUACCAAUUGAUGGCGAUACCUCCUUGAAUACCCGACGCAAAGACCUAUUCAAACACCUCCACUUCGACGAUGAAGCUCACGUCCACAUACCUGAGAAAGAAGAAGUCGUCUCCCCCAAAUUCAUCUCAGGCACCGAUCUCCUCACCGUCGCUACGGCAACAGCAGGUAAAAGCAACACCCUCGCCGUUCCCGCACCACCCAUCCGCAUAAACACACAUUAUCACGGACAUGGAAAAGCCGAUAUCUCUGCCCUGGGCAGCGAACAGCAUGGAAAGGCCAGCCCAGCUGGUUCAAACGCAAGCAGUGCACAUACAUCUGUUAGCACGUUCCCUGGUAUCAACAUCCGCGAGGUAGCACCUUGGAUCGAUUAUGAUGUUGGUCUUACAGUGCCUUUGCCUAUAGAAGAUGAGGCCAUUGUGCAUCAACGACCCAUUAUCACGCAAUCUAUUGCUGCCGAGUCGAUUAAGACAAUUUAUACUACAUCGUCCGUCAAAGUGGAUGGUACGUCGCGAAAUGACUCUGGAAGGGUGAGGGGUACAGAUGCACCGAGUCCUUUUAGCAACGGCUCAGACCCCGGUGAUCACCACCAACAUAGAAGGAGAAAAGAUGAGGAUUUCAAGAACAGUCUUAGUCUGCAUUCUACGCUGAAGAGAGAUGGUACCAAGAGAAAGAGUAUUUUGAUCAAGGGGAGGUAUCCCAAGGCUAAAUUAUUCGAUGGGGUUUUUGAUGUGAGUGGAAUGAAGAAGAAGACGAAGGGGCGUGGUGUUGGGAUGACAGGUCUAGCCGGUGUUGGUAUGUAUGGGUGUGGUGUUUAG